AUGUUGAUGGGAAACUACAUUUCUGACCCUUUGGAUAAUUCUUUACUCAAUCCAUGGAAGCAAAUAUGCUACUAUGACAGGCAUUCUAUUGUUGCAGGGUUGGUCUAUGUUUUGCACAUUUUAAGCUACGCUGUUGCACCUGUGAGUAAUGCGGCGAGCAAUGUGGCGUUAUCGCCCGACAAUGUCGAUCAAUCGAUGAGGGACGCCGUGUCGACUCUGCUGGCCGGCCUCAUCAUGAAGGGCAACGACAUAAGGGCUGAGCUGCAGGAGGAGGCGAGGGCACUGCUCGACGACCCUUAUCCCUUUGAUGACGACACCCUGGCACAGGUUGCACAGCUCGCCGGUGAGGAGGUGAAUGAGGCUACCAGAGACCAAGAGCAACCUGCAGCUGACGUUCCCGCUGCUGUCAGCCCACCUGCAGACAAUGCGCCAGACGACUACUCCAAGUCACCUCGCUCCCUGGCUGAUGACACCCUCCACCAACUCAAAAGCCUCGUCUCAAGAUCUGAAUCUCCUGCUGCUGAAUCACAUCAUAGUUUAGCCAAUUUCUUACAUCUAUCAGCUCUUCAAAACUUUCUAACGGGCUCAAUGGAGCCCUACCCCGCGGUUCCAAAUGUCCAUAGCCCCCCAGCCAAUGUACCCCCUGUUGUUAAUUCCGCCUCAGCUCCCGUGGCCGAUGUAGCCCCUGUAGCUCCUGUAGUCGAUGAUGUUGCCCCCGAUGUGGCCCCCGAUAUGGCCCCCCCUGUACCCGCCCCCAUUCCUGUACCCGUAGCGCGAUCAAUCAGUGACGAACCUUUAGAACCGAUUGAUGAUGAUAACUGAAAACAAAAUUUUUCAUUGUACGUUAAGACAGCAGUAUAAAUGAUCAUGAAAAUAAACACCAUUAAAUGAUGAAAUUACAGUUUUGUUAAUAAAAUUUACACUUUCGUUAUGCUAAAAACUUCCGUUAAUACCAAAACCACCUUUAUUCCAUUUUCCUUUCCUCAAAUAAAACUAUUGUUUCUAACUGUUAUUGAUUAUUUCCUUUCUCACCUACACAAUCUAUUCUCUAAAAAUGUAAGCACGUACUCGAGAAGAGUCUCUAGAAUUUUCACACACUGAACUGUUGAUUUUUAUUCAAUCUAUUAGCCGAUGGAAUAGGAAAUCCAAGUUCCCUGUUCAGAUGACUAAGUUUCCUAUUUCCACUACUUUACUCACAACUCUUAUGGAACUAUUUAUUGCCUCCACUUACAUUCAUUCAACCUGUAUGUACUGGAAAAAGAAUCACAAUAGCAGUAACAAUAUAUGGUUAAACAAACAAUAACAGUGAAUUAUGAUUAUGGUUUAGCGAUAUGAAUAGGCCUGCCUUGUUAUGCAAACCUUGUUGAAAAGAGUUGAAAUAUGAUUGAUUGAUUGAUUUCUACAUUUCUUACAAACUUUUUCAAGAAAUUCUUACAAACAGCAUUACACGAAUGCAUGAAGUUAACCAUUUGACAUUGGUUGCAGGUGUUUUUACUGACAUUAUAUGUCUGCGUUGAUAGCAACAGUGCUAGAACGAAUAUUCUGCAACGCAAAGAAACCGAAACUGACCCGUUAUUGGAGAAGGUUCCCACCGUUGGUCCACUGCCCGUGGCUCAGCAGGUGCCCAAACUUGUGCGAGUACUCAAAAGUAGACCUGUCAAUUUUUUUCCAACUAAUCCAGUCUGAUGACGAUAUGCCGUUAUGAUUAAAGAUUCUCAAUCGAAAACUGUAUUAAUCGAAUGUUAAAAUAACAUAUUGAUGAAUAAAAAGGAUACCUUAUAAAUUUC